ACCAUCCAUGCGCGUAUGUAUGAGGAAGGAUGUGAUGCUGUCAGUCAAUGGUCAUGUGGCAACGCCGCCAUGCUGCUGUACCAGAAGUUAAGUUUGACAGCCCUAGUUUAAAUUGAUUACUGAGUGUCUGUGCAGCAUAACAUGGUUAUCAUCUAACAAGUUAACUUCUCAGUUUCAACAGGCUCGGUCAGCUUUCAUUGUGCAUAUUUCAGAAUUUGCAUAUUUCAUUAGCCCGUGUUUGAUGUUAAACAAUAUGCAUCCUGCAAUAGCAAAGCUACACAGCUGUUGCAAUGUUUGUAUGAAUGUCUGUUUAUUUAUUUAUUUUUCACAAUAGAAUACCUUUUUGUGAGAUUUGCCUUAACUAACUACGAAUUACAAUUAUUUUCACAGAGCCAUUAUGUCCAUAAGGAGGAGGAGGAAAAAGCCUAUAGACGAUGCAAAGACAUACAUUCUGUCUUGCACUGACAAGGAUGGGUUUAUGUCGAGAUUCAUUGACCAUUACAAAGGAAGAGGAGUGUUUGCCACACAACCCAUUGAACCCGGGGACUUCGUGUUGGAGUACAGGGGUAAACUCCUCACACAGGAGGAAAGCAAGUCAAGAAAAUACUCAGAGAUUGAAAGCACAUUUCUCUUUGACUUUCAGUGGCAGAAUCAUCACUUAUGCCUGGAUGCAUCGCAAGACGAUUUUUCUCUUGGACGUUUGGUCAACGACAACCACCAAAAUCCGAAUUGCGUUAUGAAAAAAAUCAUAGUUGACAACAAACCACAUUUGUGCCUAUUUUCUCUGAAGAAAAUAGAAAUAGGAGAUGAAAUUGAUUACAACUAUGGUGAUUCAAAAUGGCCUUGGCGCAGUACGUUGAAAAAAACCCAAGCUCCUGCUGCCGCAGUAGAGAAUGAGACCAGCCCUGUUCCUCAGAUGCUAAAUGAUGGACCAAACCCAGAUCAGACCUGCUCAGAGGUGAAAGGCCUUCAGACUCCUGCUGCCGCAGUAGAGAAUGAGACCAGCCCUGUUCCUCAGAUGCUAAAUGAUGGACCAAACCCAGAUCAGACCUGCUCAGAGGUGAAAGGCCUUCAGACUCCUGCUGCCGCAGUAGAGAAUGAGACCAGCCCUGUUCCUCAGAUGCUAAAUGAUGGACCAAACCCAGAUCAGACCUGCUCAGAGGUGAAAGGCCUUCAGACUCCUGCUGCCGCAGUAGAGAAUGAGACCAGCCCUGUUCCUCAGAUGCUAAAUGAUGGACCAAACCCAGAUCAGACCUGCUCAGAGGUGAAAGGCCUUCAGACUCCUGCUGCCGCAGUAAAGAAUGAGACCAGCCCUGUUCCUCAGAUGCUAAAUGAUGGACCAAACCCGAUCAGACCUGCUCAGAGGUAA